AUGCGCUUCAUAGUUCACUUCACCUUUUUCUUCCACCGACUGCUGCUUGUUUCGCCGCUCUAAGCCAUCCGGCCGUCCUGGACCCCAGCGGCCUGUCCAGCUCACGUGGAUACAGCAGCAUGUCCUUGGGAUCCUAUAGCAUCCCGAAGGCCACCGCCAUGGCCAGCCAGAUCUCAUCUGUGACUGUCAACAAGAGACUGCUCACCCCGAUGAAGAUCAACAUUGACCCCACCAUUCAGGCUGUCCGCACCAAAGAGAAAGAUCAAAUGAAGACUCUCAAUAACCGCUUUGCCUCAUUCAUUGAUAAGGUAAGGUACUUGGAGCAGCAGAACAAAAUGCUGGAAACCAAGUGGAAGCUCCUGGAGGGACAGCCUCCUCGUUCCUCCAACAUUGAGCCCAUGCUGAAGUCUUACAUCGCCAACCUGCAAAGGCAGCUGGAGGUUCUCACCAACGACAAGCUCAGACUUGAAGUGGAGACCGCCACUAUGCACAAAAAUGUGGACGACUGCAAGACACAGUAUGAGGAAGAACUCCUCAAGAAGACUGAUACCGAGAAUGAUUUUGUUACUCUCAAAAAGAAUGUGGAUGCUGGCUAUUUGUUGAAAGUGGAUCUACUGGACAAGGUGUCCAGUCUCCAUGAUGAACUUACCUUUCUCAAGGCAUGGAAUGAUGAGGAGAUACGUGAGCUGCAGGAGAGCCUGAGGGACACGUCUGUGGUGGUGCAGAUGGACAACUCCCGCGAGUUGGACAUGGAGGAGAUUGUGGCUGACGUCAAGGCUCAGUAUGAGGAUAUAGCGGCACGGAACCGUGAAGACGCUGAAAUCUGGUACAAGACCAAGUAUGAGCAGAUUACAGCUGAGGCCGACCAGUACGACAACGAACUACGCAGCACCAAAGGGGAAAUACUCGAACUCAAACGAAUCAUCAAAAAUCUGCAGAAUGAAGUUCAGUCUGUGAAGGGCCAGCGCAUGAACAUUGAUGCCCAGAUAACUGAGAUCGAACACCGUGGAGAGGCGGCCACCGAUGACGCCAAAGAUCGCAUCAGGGACCUGGAGUUGGCUUUGCAGCAGGCCAAGCAGGACAUGGCCGACCAGGUCAGACAGUACCAAGAGCUCAUGAAUGUCAAGAUGGCCUUGGACAUCGAAAUCUCAACCUACAAGAAGUUGCUGGAAGGAGAAGAAGAGAGAAUUGGCCAAGAUACUAUUCUCACCAUCCAAGCGGUGCCCACAAUGCCGAAGCAGAUCAUCCUCCAGGAGCCACGGAAGUCAAAUCCUGUUCUCAUCAAGACAAUGGAGACCCAAAAUACACAAUUAAUCUAAAGCCGUUCUUCAAACAACUGAAAUGUUUGUUGUUAUUUUCUUUUACAGAAGAAAUGUAAAAGAAAUGGCGAAGGUUAUUUCGAUUGUGCC